AUGUUGCGAGAUUCAAAAAGGAAGUGGACACCCUCACCUGUAACAAUUACAACAUUAGUGCAAUUGAAGAAUGAGACAAAUAAACUUAAUUUUUUUGUGGAUAGCGAGAAAAAUCUUUAUGUGUCUGAUUGGGCAAACGGUCAAAUUCUGAAAUUUGCCUCGUCGAAUUAUAUCGACUUCAAAUUUAUAGCCGUUCAACUUAAUCAUCCAGAAGGAAUUUGGGUGGGCUAUGAGGAGAAUUUAUACGUAGCGGACACAGGAAAUAAUAGAAUACAAAAGUUUGAUUUAAACAAUGGAAAGAGAACAACGUUCGCCGCUGAAUUGAAACAGCCGGUACAAGUGAUUGUUGACAGUGAUUUAUCAGUAUAUGUCUUGGAAACGGGAAAUCAUCGAGUACAAAGAUAUACAGAAAAUAGUCAUGGUGUGACAAUUGCUGGAGGUACUACUGGUAAUGGUAGUGAUCAAUUGAAUAGUCCUCAUGGUAUGGCAUUUGACUCAUCAGGAUAUUUGUACGUUAUGGACACAUUAAAUAAUCGUCUACAAAAAUUUGAUCAUCCCGGAACGGACGCAUGUAUAUACAAUACAUUACUUUAA